UCAGGCGGUGCUGCAGAGCCGCGGCGGCGGACGCGGCUCUGGGUCAUGGGGGCGGCGGUGGCUGCGCUCGCUCCUCCCCCACCACCGCCGUGAGGAGCGGCGCCUUGUGGUGCGGUGCCGGCGACGGGACCCAGCAUGCGGCGGGGAUUGAAGCCUUUGGAGACCUCCUUGUCCCAUUAGUGAUGUCACUGUUUAGCCAGGCCUGUUUUGAGGAAGACUGCCAGAAGCAGCCAGCUGUGGGACACUGGAAGCCGCUAAUGCCAUCCAAAGGCAGCAAGGAGGAACCAGAGCCUGAGUGCCAGGACCCAGGUGGGGAUGAGAGCCAGUCCACUGAGCAGCUCAACGUGUCCCGUCUGCGCAGCUCCUCAGUGGAGAUCCGUGAAAAGGGGUCUGAGUUCCUGAAGGAAGAGCUGCACAAAGCACAGAAGGAGCUGAAGCUGAAGGACAAGGAAUGUGAGAGACUGUCGAAAGUCAGAGAACAGCUGGAGCAGGAACUAGAGGAAUUAACAGCUAGUCUGUUUGAGGAAGCGCACAAGAUGGUGAGAGAAGCAAACACUAAACAGGCGGCGUCAGAGAAACAACUGAAGGAGGCAUGGGGGAAGAUUGACAUGCUGCAGGCUGAAGUGACAGCUUUGAAGACUCUGGUGAUCACAUCCACACCUUCCUCUCCAAACCGGGAGCUGCACCCACAGCUUCAGAGUCCCACCAAAGCUGUCUUCAGGAAAGGGCAUGGUCGAAACAAGAGCACUAGCAGCGCGGUGGUCAAUGCUGCCAGCCAGAGCGUGACCUCGGAGCCAGUCAAACAUGAGUGCAAAGAGUCUGGGGUACCUGCUCUCCUCUCUCUGCUCCUUUGUAUCAUCCCUGGAAAGGCUAUCCACAUCAUCUAUGAACCAGGCUGGCAGGCCUUGGGGGCAGAUGCUUCUUCAUCCUUGCGGCAGGUCGACUCUAUUUUAUUUGCUGAGUUCCAGGCCUGGAAGGAGUCUCCAACUCUGGAUAAAUCCUGCUCCUUCUUGGACAGAAUUUACCGAGAAGAUGUAGGACCAUGUCUGGACUUCACUAAGCAGGAGCUGUCAGAACUGGUGCGAGCAGCUGUGGAGCAGAACACACUCACCAUCGAGCCUGUUGCUUCGCAGACACUGCCUGUGGUGAAGGUGUCAGCAGUAGAGUGCGGUGGGCCAAAAAGAUGUGCUCUAAGUGGCCUACCCAGGACCUGCAAGCACCGUAUCAUGCUGGGGGAUUCUGGGAAUUAUUACUACAUUUCGCCAUCCUGCCGGGCCAGGAUCACAGCGGUGUGCAACUUUUUCACAUAUAUUCGAUAUAUCCAGCAGGGCUUGGUGAGGCAGGAUGUGGAGCUGAUGUACUGGGAAGUCAUGCGGCUCCGGAGGGAGAUGUCUCUAGCCAAACUUGGUUUUUUUCCCAGUGAGAUGUAAGCUGAGGCCUGAGUGUGGAAGGAGACUGCUCCUGUAUGAAUGGUCUGCUGAACAUGGUUUGCCAAAUAGAUGAAUGUGGUGCCUCUCCCACCGUGGGCCUUGCUUCCUCCCUUCUCUCGCUCCUUCUGCCUGAUGCUGAUCAUGGAGCAAGAAGCACAAGUUCCCCCUUUGGCUGUCCCACUUCUCCUCUGACUGUGACUGGAAUGCAGGCACCACGCUGCGCUCUCAGAGCCGGGCUGGUCCUGGCUGCUCGGGGGUGGCCACCUACAGACUGUCUUCUAUGGAGUUUCCUUUAUGCAGCCUAUAUCCGGUUUUUAAACUUCUGUUUUUAUAUGCAAUCUGCUUUGGCAUAGUCUGAGGCUAGUUCUGUGCAAGGCAGGAAUCUUGAGCUCCUUUCUUUAUAAGCAAGUCUUUCAGGACAGAUGCUGGCUGGCUGUCCAUCGUUCCUUGGGGUGGAGAGUGCUGUUGUCCAGCCAUACACCUAGCCCCUGCUGAUCAGUUACUCCUCUAACAGCCCUGCAAAUGCCAACAGCAUAAAAAAAAUCAUAUGGAGAGCCAUGAAUAGCCGGUUUCCAAGUACUUCCUUACUUCUUUUAAGGAGCCUUCAAGAGAAGCUUUCUGCUAGCUGAGUCACAAAGAGGGUUUUGUUUCUGUUUUUAAUUUGCAAUUUGGCACUGGGUUGUUGCAGUCCAGGCUGGGGGAAUGGUCAGAACUGUACACCUGGGGGCUUCAGCAGAAGAAAGUGAGCAGGGAAAUUGUAUAACUCACAGCUGGCCAUGGCUUAGCUGCAGUCAGUGCAGAAUAUUUUCUUAUAGUUUAGAGAAUCUGCUGCAGUCAUCACAGGCAGAUGUAGAUCCAUUUAAGUGUUGCCGUGUGAUGGUCCUAGGUGCAGAAAGUCCUUUGUGGUACUCUUAGAUACAAAUCUCUGCUAUGGGCAAAUACCUUUGAGCCAUUCCUGCUUUGGACACUGCUGUUCCCACUGUCCUGAUAGAAAUCAUUGUCCCAGGCCAGAUUCUUUCUGUCUCCACAAGAUGCCUGCCCUAGUUGGGCUCUGUUGAGGCCCGGAGAUUUCUUUCUCAGUGUAACACUAGGCCUGGAGGCUCACUUCUGUUGGGGAAACCCAGCUUUUCACAGGCUGUCAUCCUCAAUGGUGAAGUUUGAGACAUCUUUGCAUGCAUGUGUGAGGGAUGUGGCUAUAAGAUGCCUCAAGAUGUGCUGGGAGAGAUGUGGCCAAGGCUUUUGGAAAGCAGAGGCCCUUUAUAGCUUGAGCUCAGCUCCAGGACUUGCCUAUAAGGAACUGCAUUAAAACCAUGAGUGUUCGAUAGCUGAUUAGUCUUCUUCAGUGACUUUGGAAUCAUCUCCCCCACUGCCCUGGGGCUUUUGUCUCAUAUGGUAUUUCUGCACUCUGGCUCUGAGAUGUUAGCCUAUGUAUCUGCUGUCAUAAAAGCUCCCCUCUUAGCAGGUUGGUGCCCAUAACUGAAUUAUUAUCCUCAGCUCCAAUAAAUUUCAUCAUUUCCUGGGAGAUGCUGCAGUAGAAACUUUGUAUCUUUGGCAGAAAAAAACUAACCAAGCUGCUGUGGUUUUGUCCAGGUGAGGGAGGAAUAGAUUGAGGAGGACCAAGUUAUGGUUUGGGAGCUAAUGCAAGGACAACUUCACAGUAGAUCUGAGAAAACCUUGGUGUGGAAGACCCUCAUGAGUGCAGUCUUUUCUGUCACUCAGCAGAGACUUACUAUACGCUGCUGAGUUGCUCCUCAGGGUGCUCCUUUUCUUAUAGCCAUACUGGCAUAUGCUGUCACUUCCUGAGGGUAAGUAGCUGUGUGAAACAUGAAUUGUCAUCCCUGGAGCUGGGAGAACAUUACUGAAGAUACAUACUACUUUGGAACUCACCUUCAGCUCUGAAAGGGCUGAAGCCAGAGUAGUUGAUACCAUUCUGGUUCUGCUUUUGCCUCACUCACAACUGAGUGCCCCUAGUGCAUGCUGUUCACCAUAGCUAGGGGAGUGCCUGUGUCUGCUAUUCUUCAUCAAAGAAGUAAGUUUCAAACGUGGAGUAACAGUAUGGGGAAAACAUCUUUGGUGUGGAGUCAGGCUGGGACUUAAGCUGAUGAUAAACUUGCGCUUUUUAGUUACUGUCUUCAGAUUUGUGGCAAUUUGACAUCAGCUUUACAAGAGGGAAAAAAUAGAAAUAUCCUCCCCAACUGCAGAUUUCAGCUCAGGUAAAUUUUGUUCAUGGUGGUUUCUCCUUGGAGCUGCUUUCCCUGGACCUUGGGAUGUCUACAUGUUUCCCUGUGUAUUGCACAGCAAAUGUAGCUGCAUUGCAGCAGUGGGAGUGAGAUGGUCUCUCAGUGUAGGAGAUGUUUUGCUCUAUGGGCUUCCUCCUGCCCCAAUGUCACUUUGAAAAGCACUUUGGGAUGAAAGGGAUUGGAGAAAUGCAUUGUAUAAGAUUGUCUUACAUUUAAAACAAAACAUAGAGAACAAUUUGUAAAUUAAUCUGAAGUCACUCCAUUAACAGCGGGAUGAUUGCACUCAGCUCUUUAUUAAAGGAAAAUAAACAUUUACUGUUAACCUCCUGAA